AUGGCUGUGGCUCCCCCGGGCCAGUCCUCACUUGUGCAUAGUUUGGCCACACUUCUUCGCAAUAAUGGUGACGGAGUCCUGGAUGGCAGCAGCACGCUGACCCUCCCCGCCUGCACCUUGCAGCAGCUCACCAGGCUCUUUGAGCAGUAUUUGUUGUCCAGGAGCCAGCAGCAUGGCUUCCUGGCGCUUCCUUCCCAUCCGGCCGACACGUCCUCUCUGUUACAGCUGCAGUUCCUGUUCGAUGUUCUGCAGAAGACGCUCUCUCUCAAGSUCAUCCAUCCGCCUGAAGAGAGGCUGGAGUCGGCAGUGAAAAUCUUCCCUUUCAAGUCUCUCAAGUGUUUAGAGCUGAAGAGAAUCCCAGCACACCUCCUUGAGGGACUCCGAGGAGUUUAUUCCCAGCUUGAGGUCUUCAUCUGCUCAAAGAGCCUUCACUCCCUGGAGGAGCUGCUCUCUGUGUGUGGAGGUGACCUCAGCUCUGCGCUGACCUGGCUGGAGCUCCACACCCUGAACUUCAGCUACAACUCCAUCGUCUGCCUCGACCAGUCACUAAGUUUACUAAACGUCCUGAAAUCCUUGGAUCUGAGCCAUAACAAGAUUCAAGAGUGUGGAGAAUUCCUAAAGCCUCUGAGUGAAUUGGAACACUUAAACUUGGGAUACAACUGCCUCCAGAGGGCACCAACACUCAGCCCCAGCGCCAGAGCCAAGCUGCACAUGCUCAUUCUCAGGAACAACGAACUGGAAACCAUUAACGGUGUGGAGCAGUUGUCCUCGCUCCAGCAUUUAGACCUGGCCUACAACCUGCUGCUGGAACACACCCAGCUCGCCCCUCUCUCCCUGCUGCACGGCCUCACCAGCCUAAACCUGGAGGGAAACCCGCUGUAUUUCCAGAAAAGCCACCGGACCUGCACCGUGCCACACCUGUCCCCGAAGGCUGCCAGCCUCAGAAUGAGACUGGAUGGAACCCCGCUGUCCUCUUCUGAAUUAUCAGUUCUACCCAAAGCAGGUCAGCUGAUCAUCCAGGUUCAGACGUCUGUGGCUCCAACCAGUGAUCCACCUGAAUGCAACAACCAAGAGCCGUCAAGUGGGGUGGGGGAUUUGAGUGACAGCCUGACCGCUGCCGAAGUUGGGAUGUCCCGGUUUAGGAAGAAGAAGUCCAGAAGUAAGGUCAAAGUUCGGAGAGCCAGCAUAUCAGAACCAAGUGAUACUGAUCACGAGCCCAGACCCUUCUCCUCUGCACAGGACAUUGUUCUUCCUCACCAACAGGAGAUUGAGCGCAUGUCCAGCUUCAGAGAUCAGCUGGGGGAAGACUGGCUGAGAUACCAGCACCAUCUAGAUGGAGGGGCUCCCACCACCAUUAGCAGCCCACCCAUCCCUCAGACUCUAACCAACGGCGUCAGCACCUCCAUAACACCCAGUCAUCCUGGGCCUGCUGUGGAAGUCCCAGAGGUUCUCCCACCGCUGCUGUACCUGGAGCCAAACGAUCCAGAGACGAACUCCACGCUGCAGUGGCUGAGUCCGAGCGCCGAGCAAACUGAUUCCACUCUGGAGGCCAGCACCUUGGAAGGCCCAGUGGAGAAGCAGGAGGCCGCCGACUCUCAGCAGUCCAGCCCCGACUCCCAAAGGUCUGCCAGGGCGUCRAGCGGCGGGACCAACCCAGAAGAAGAAGAUGAACUCGGAGUUGACCUGUGUCGCCCCCUGUUGGUCGGCAUCCUGCCCAACGGAGAGGAGACUGACGGUGAAGGUCAGGAGGGGAAGAGGAUGGAAGUGUUUCUGCGGGUGAAGCAGGGCGUCCUGGUGGAGGUGGACCCACAGCGUGGCAUGGAGACAUCCCGACUGGAGUUGGUCAGCCUGGCCCGGGUCCAGACCACACAGGCCRUCUGGACCCCACAGGACGCUGCGGAGCCGCUUCCUGCUGUGGAGCUUCACUUUGACUACAUUGCCAAGUCCAAACAGAGGCGGUCCUACGUCCUGCUAGAUGACGACCCCCAUCAGGCAGCGCAGGUUCUGAGCGACAUCCUGUCCACUGUGCUGGUGGAAAACCAGCGGCGGGACUUUAAAUCCGGUUCCUCCUCCUCSCACCUGCAGUGCCUCCGCUGCAGGUCAGAGUUCAGCUCUCACCUGGCAGCUGGUGAAGAGGACGGUGGGAGUAGAGUGGGAGUGAUGCUGCRGGAUGGUGAGGAAGGACGGAACAGGGAGGAGCAAAUKGAGGCAGAUUAUAACAAUGGCAAUUCAGGAGCAGUGUGUGUUUGUCCAGAGUGUGGCAGUGACCAUGUGGUCCAGGUGGCCCAUCAGGCGGCGCCCUGCAGCAGCACGCCCAUCARCGGCUCGCCGCGGCUCCGACAUGAACUACAGCCUCUGGAUUUCCCACCGAGUACCAGCAGUGCAGAGCAGCUUGAUGAAGUGCAGCAUGUCGGCAGCAGCCUCCUYCUGCAGUCUGCCAUCGCCUCGCCGGAGCAGAGCUUCGUCACAGCCCAGGAAACCUCCUUUUCCAUCGGUGAUGCCCCGGACCUCACCGCCAGCCUCUGCUGCCACCCYGACAGCCAGGGAAAGGAGGAGCUGGCAGGAAGUUACCACUACUCCGUCAGUGGCGCUACGCCCCCACAARCACAAUCUCCGGCCAAACCUGCGCCUCCAUCCAUCCCAAAGGAUGACUUGGAUUUGUUGUCCGAGGACUACGAGUCCGUGGACCAUCGGCUGAAGCUUUUCUUGGAUGUGGAGGUCUUUGAAGAGGAAGAGGAGCUUCACUCUUUUCUCAAGAUGUCGGCUGUAAAAUAUGGGGAACCAGGGGAGGUUCCCUCGCUGUUGGUUGUUUCCAACAAGCGGUUAUACUUUCUGGAAAUKACAUCAGAUGUGCAUAGUCAUGGUCAAGAAAAGUUGACUUUUUUUCAGGACCGUAACAAUUUUUUCUUGUUCUUUCCUCCAGGAAUGGUCCGUGAGAUGGCCCACAAAUCUGAUAGCAGGCUCCAGUCCAUUUCCACCACGAGGCUGUCUGCCCAGCACCACCUCUGGCCUCUGGUGUGCGAAGACAUCCAGGCAGAUGUGGAGGACGGACAGCUGCAGUUCUUCUACAUCCUGGCUUUCGUCCGCCGAGAGGAGCUGUGGCUGCCUCAGACGGUGCUGGCCACCAGAGAAACUCUCUACCUGCUGGACGAAGAUCACCAAUGGAGGAAAAGCGUCUCGGCGGUGCCUGAGGACAGCCAGGAGUGCAGUGGGAGCGUCGCCAUCCUGGAAACUCUUCCGAUCAGCUGCAUGAGCUCGGUUCUGCUGUGGGCCUCGGACCCGCUCAGGAUGGACUUUAAGCUUUACGACGAGACUGUGAAACAGGAGAAGACGUGGUGCGUGCGCACGGAGAGCGCUGAGCUCCUCCAGGGUCUGCUGUCCUGGGUCAGGGCACAGUGGGAAGCCAUGUUUGGAGUCAAGCUGUACAUGGGUCUGCAAGACGAGCCGUCGUAAUGGAUCCAAACAAACAAAACAACAAAAGCUGGACUUUUAGGCUUUAGUCCUGUGCAGGUUAUUGAGCGAGUCUGCAUCUUUUGUUUUCUCUGCACUCAGUCUGCUCCCAUUACGCUUGUUGCUUCAAGCCAAGAGCUUGGAAAUGAUUGCACUCAUUCAUGUGGUACACAAGCCUGUAAAAUAGCUCUGCUUGCAUAAUUUUUCCUCCAGGAAAAAAAAAACAUCUCCAGUGAAUUUUUCUACAGCUGAAAUGAAGUGUGCCUUGUUUCUUUGUGAAGAUGAGACGUCCUCGUUUGGCGAUGCACCUAAAUGCACGUCGUGUUUUCUGGAUCACCUGUAGCGCUUUGCCAAUGUAGGGCAGGUUCCUCCGGCUGGGAUGAAUGGCAGUAAAGCUUUAAAUGCAUCCAGCCGUCAUGCGCUCAACACGAGGAACGGCUAAGGCUCUCAAGGGAAACCUUUGACCCCAAUUAGGGUCUCAUAGUUGGUCUAAGUUUAAAUGGUCUUGUAUACUGUUUAAAAUGUAAUCCACAGGUGUCCCAGAUGUGUGAAUUAAGAAUUUAUAGAUUAUCAGGAAAAAUCUAACUUAGCUAAAAUCUAAUUUAAGUUAUGUUGUUGAUGCAGAAUGCUCACUCUUAUUUUUGUAUAAAUGUGUCAUAAAUGUGUUUGCUUGGAUAUAAAAAAAAGAAAAAAGUUGUCUUUGUUCGUAUCGUUGCAUGUCCUUGAACAAUUUUGCUGAGUUCCUGCUGCAAAUUUACAAAACAGACGCAUUUUAUUUAUUGAUGAUCCUGCUGAUGGACUCAUGAUGGUGAGAUUGGAAAAAUAAAAAGAUACCCGAAGCUGAAA